AUGAAGUUGACUCUGCCGGUGCUGGCAUCUACCGCCGCUCUCGCGAGCGCACAGUGGCAUGCAGGUGGGCACGGCGCUCAUGGAUUUGGUCGCGGAUGGGAAUGGGGUAGCGAUGGCUACAGUGGCCAUGGUGGCCACAUGCACGCUCUUGCUGGUAAUUCGACCCCUCGUCCUCUACAUGACCGAAGAGCAUGUGACGAAUUGGAGACUGAUAUGGCCGCCAACAGGCAAUCCGACCUCUUCGGGUUACGAGAAUUCCACUUUCGACCAGCUCAUCGACCACGAGAAUCCGCAUCUGGGCACCUUCUCACAGUUCUACUACUACAGCGACGAAUUCUGGAAAGGCCCCGGCUCUCCCGUCAUCCUGUUCACACCCGGCGAGAUCAAUGCUACGCGCUAUUACACCUAUUUGGGCACCAACCGCACUACUGGACUACUCGCUGAGAAGAUUGGCGCCGCUGUCAUAGUCCUCGAGCACCGAUACUGGGGCCUCUCCUCACCAUUCGCCGAGCUCACGACGGAGAACAUGCAGUAUCUCACCUUGGACAAUGCUCUCCAGGACUUGAACUAUUUUGCAAGUAAUGUGAAGCUACCAUUCGCGAAGAACAUCUCCAGCAACGCCGCCGACGUCCCGUGGGUCAUAAUGGUAAGCCAUCUCUUCUCCGAAAAUCAUUCCGGCAAGACAUGGCACAACAGCCUACAUGACCACAUUACUUGAGAAUCACAUUCCGAUACGUUGAGAUGCUGUAUACUGACAUCGACAUCCUGCAGGGCGGCUCUUACUCCGGUGCUCUCUCUGCAUGGCUGGCCAACGUCUACCCCGGCACUCUUUGGGCGUACCAUGCAUCCAGUGCCCCUGUGCAGGCGAUCUCGGACUACUGGGCAUACUUUCUUCCGAUCCAAGAAGGAAUGCCCAAGAACUGCUCCAAGGAUGUGACCCUGGUGAUCGACCACAUGGAUGACAUUUUGACGAACGGUACGACUCAGGAAAUACACGAUCUCAAGGCCAAGUUCAUGAUGGAGACGGUCGAACACAAUGACGACUUCAUGGAUGCAUUGGCCAAUGGUCCAUACUUGUGGCAAGGUAAAUUAGGGUGCCCAGCGAGACCAGACGGGAAGCUGACAAUCCUUGGCAGGCAACCAAUUCUACACUAAUACCGGGUUCUUCACCUGGUGCGACUACAUCGAAAAUGCUGUGAACAGUACCGGAUCCACUAUCGCUGGACCGGACGGAGUCGGCCUUGAGAAAGCCCUUGAUGGGUACGCCUCUUGGUGGAAGACAAUUGGCUUGCCAGGUUCGAUCACCCAUUAGUCCUCCGUAUGAGUCUACCCUACUGACAUGCUACAUUUAGGUACUUGUGCUGCCACAGGCUACUGGACUGGCAACUAUAGCACCGAAUGCUUCGACACCUACAAUGCGAGUAGCCCGGUCUUCACCGACACCAGCCUCAGCAACCAGUACGACCGGCAAUGGGAAUGGAUGCUGUGCAACGAGCCCUUCGGCUACUGGCAGACCGGCGCGCCGGAGAACAGGCCGACGAUCGUGAGCAGACUGGUCACCCCAGAAUACUUCAUCCGGCAGUGUAGCUUGUACUUCCCACCCGGACCGGAGGGGCAAACCUAUGGCAUCGCCAAGGGCAAGACAGAGGCUCAGGAGAACGCGUACACCGGCGGCUGGUUCAUCGACAACACCACCCGCCUGAUCUUUGUCAACGGCCAGAACGAUCCUUGGAGGGAGUCCGGCGUGUCUGCUGAAUUGCGACCCGGCGGACCUCUGCAGGGAACGUCUCAGGUUCCCGUUGAGAUCGUGCCGGGUGGAUACCACGCCAGCGACUUGGUCUCACAGAACGGCGAAGUCAACCCCGCAGUCCAGGCCGUGCAAGAUCGCAUCCUGCAGCAGUUGGCAGACUGGGUCGCCGAGUACCCCAGGAAGCAGUACUGGAAGGCCUGA